AUGGGGGCCUCGCUGUCGAACCUAGGAACCAACGGUUCGGCCGCCGCUCCGGGCCUCGGCGACAUCCCGGAGAGUUGCGUCGCUCGCGUUUUCCUCCACCUCACUCCGCCGGAGAUAUGCAACCUCGCUCGCCUCAAUCGCUCCUUUCGCGGCGCCGCCUCCGCCGAUUCCGUCUGGCAAACCAAGCUGCCUACCAACUACCGAGAUCUGCUCGAUUUGAUGCCUCCCGAGAGGUACCGGAAUCUCUCCAAGAAGGACAUCUUCGCGCUGCUAUCUCGGCCAGUGCCGUUCGACGACGGCAACAAGGAAGUGUGGCUGGACAGGGUCACGGGAAGGGUUUGCAUGUCGAUUUCGGCGAAGGCGAUGUCUAUUACUGGAAUUGAUGACCGCAGAUACUGGACUUGGGUUCCUACUGAAGAAUCUAGGUUCAAAACUGUAGCAUAUUUACAGCAAAUAUGGUGGUUUGAAGUGGAUGGGGAGGUCAGCUUCCCAUUUCCUGCUGAUGUUUAUACUCUCUCCUUUAGACUUCACCUUGGACGAUUUUCUAAGAGGCUUGGGCGACGCGUGCGCAGUUAUGAACACACCCAUGGUUGGGAUAUAAAACCAGUGAAAUUUGAGUUGUCAACCAUGGAUGGUCAGCAAGCAUCAUUUGAGUGCUGCUUGGAUGAAGCUGCACCUGAUGACGCACACGGCAAUCAAAAGCGUGGACAUUGGGUAGAUUACAAGGUUGGUGAGUUUAUUGUCAGUGGAUCAGAACCUACAACUAAAGUAAGAUUCUCCAUGAAACAGAUUGAUUGCACACACUCUAAAGGUGGGCUUUGUUUAGAUUCUGUAUUUAUUAUACCUAGUGAUUUGAGAGAGCGCACCCGAAGCGGCAUUUUGAAAUAA